CUCAGUGUCUCUCCCCCAACCCCACUUCACAUCAGUCAGAGAGGCCUCUUAUCUCUCUCUCUCUCCUCUCCCUCUCCCAAGACCUUACCCCUCAUGGCUCAUACUCCCUCUGAUCCUCAAAUUUAUAUCAAUCUCUGACGAAUUUCAGAGAGGGUGUCUUCUCCUCUGAUAUGCAGAAAUUCACCUCUUUUGGUCCCUCAAUUCCUCCUCUUCCUAUACCUACUACAUCCCCAUAAAUAACCCAUCUUUCUCAUCUUUCAAUCUGAGUCUGGGUCUCAGUCGGAGUCUCAGUCUCAGCCUACCCUCACCUUUUUUUUGAUUCCUACAAUACCAACAACAACAACAGUCCAUCUUUCUCUUUCACUUUGAUUCUCCACCACCAACACCUAUGGAUGUGUGUAAGAGAAGUGGACAAAUUCCAGCGUUUGGAAACUGGGAUUACGCAAACGACCUCCCAAUCACCCAGUACUUCGAGUCUGCCCGGCAGGCUGGUUUGAUCCGCUUCAGCUCUGCUUCUGGAGAAUGUGACCCUUCUUUUGCUUCUGCUCCCCAUCCCAACAGGCCCCCACCUCCUCUUCAUUUUCAGAAGGAAAACGGACGAGAGAGGAGAUGUUCGUGUGCCAAAGAACAGAAAAAGCAGGGGAGGGUGUGCGACGUGGUGGCGGCGCCGCCACGAAAACAGGCGUCGGCAAAACAACGAAGUAAACAACAGCCGCCAGCCCCCACCAAGGCCGCCAGGCCUCCCAAGGCGGUCGACGAGGAUCUCUAUAAAAUCCCCCCCGACCUCCUCCAUUCGUCCAAACGGAAGAAAAUGUGGGGAAUUUUUCCAAGUUGCUUGGUGCCGACUUGCAUGGCGUGAAUUGGGACGUAAAGAAGAAAGACCUUUUUAUAGGACCUCCUCCAUAUAUAGUCCAAAAAUGUAUUUGUGCUUCAUGCACUUCUAUCAAUAUUUGGUUGAUGCCAAAAUCAAGCUAUAAAAUUAUUAAUAUUUUCAAUUUUUUCUUUUA